AUGAACGGACAUACAAGUAUAAACACUACAAAUUCCGUAUCUGAUACAUUGAACCAAGUCAAUGGAGAAUUGAGAAAUCUUUAUCAAGCACAAACAUCAAAUACGUCUACAAAUGUGUCUUUAAAUGUUUUAUCGAAUUCCACGUCGGGUAUUAACAAAAAGCGAAUGUUUCAAGUACGUCGAACAUUUUUACUAAUUGUCACAUUCGAUGUGAUAUUUAUGGUACUUUUGUGGAUUAUUUACAAUCAAAUCAAAAACAUAACUAUUGACGAAGCUUUCAUCAAUGAUGUAAUUAAAUAUUCAAUUAAAACAUCUCUGUUUGAUGUUGUGGGCUUAUCGGGUCUACGAUUUAUUUUGUUAAUGAUUUCCUACGCAAUACUCAAAUGGUCACACUGGAUUUUUGUAGCUUUUACAACAUUGGGUUCUACUGGAUUUAUCAUUGCCAAGACGUGUGUAUUUACUAUUUCAAAAACAGACAAAGGAUUCACGGAUUAUGGCAUUUUGAUAGUUUCAUUCAUUUUGGCAUGGGUCGAAAUCUGGUUUUUCGACUAUCGAGUUAUUCCACAUGAACGUCGUCUACGCCAAGCAUUAAGCAACGGUGAUAGACGACCAUUAUUAGGCUCCAAUACGAGUCGUUCCACAUCUCCAGUUGCUGUAUCUCCUAACUAUCAUUCCAUUAUAAAUUCCAAUGAGCCACGACAAUCAUUCUAUUCCCCUGUUCCAUCCAAUGACGGCAGUGAAGAUGAAGAUACUAGUCGUGAAGUUCGAAGAACUCUUCGUGCAGAUUCGAGUAUAUCUCAGUCAAUGUUAGCUACACCGGCCUCGGUCAUUGAACUGGACGACGAUGAAGGUUAUGGGCAACAAGCGGAUGAGAUUAUUGCCAGAGUUUGGCAAAUGUUUCAAGAUAAGGAUGCAUGGACACCUGAAUCCAAAGGUAGUAGUGGACUUGAUGUGAUCGUGGCUAAAACCUAUCCAAAAUGGGGCAAAGUUUUUCGAUUAACGAGUACUCUGAAUGCGUCUCGCGAGGAACUUGUUGAAAUGCUAUUCGAUAGACAAGAAGAUAUGUCCAAAUGGAAUCCAACUGUAAAUGACUGUAGAAUAUUAGAAGUUAUCAAUCCUGAUUUGUAUAUAUCUUAUCAGCUGAUCAAUGAACAAGCGCAAGGUAUUAUUGCCAAACGAGAUUUUGUCAAUGUGUCCACUCGUCGAUAUAUCGAUGGCAUCGCGAUAUUAGCAGGACAAUCUUGUGAUUAUCCUAAAAUGCCUCCAAAAGACAAUUGUGUUCGGGGAGAGAAUGGUCCGACAGCUUAUAUCGUGGAAAAAAUCGAUGACACAACUUGCAGAUUUACAUGGCUAUUGAAUGUGGAUUUAAAAGGUUGGCUUCCACAGUAUCUUAUUAACAGUUCUCUUGCUAGUGCUCAAUUAACAUUAGUCGAAUCUAUUCGUAACUAUCUAUCAAAAUCAGUUGACAUAACAUCCUCAUGCUCUUCAUCAACCGGUGAUAUAACAACGUAA